AUGGCCGACCGACAUGACAUUAUCAUAUUAUUUCGACGUUCAUGCGGCGGCGCAGGGUACUUCGACACCGAGAAAUAUACCAACACUACUACACCGCACACGCCCCACAGUAGUGUUUAAUGCGUCGUCUUUGUUAAUGAUGUGUCGUUGGUCAUUUAUUUUCUAAUAGUUCUUAGGACGCCGCUGUGGGUAAUUAGAACAUUCUUCGCCACAAUAAACUAAGAGGAGUGUUUGUACGUCUUCGCGUUCGUAAUGAACAUUAUAUAUUCUAAUAAUAUUGACAAUAUUGUAAUACGAUAAUAAUGAAAUGUUUGUUUAUUUGAUGUAACAGCCGUGA